AUGGCCGAAGAUGCAGCAAGCAUGCUGUCUGCAUCAGGCCCCCUCUACACCAGGCUGCAGCUUUCGAUCUCUUGCAAACAACUGGUAAACCUCGACAAGCUCUCCAAGUCGGACCCCUUCGUGGUGGUGAAGCUCCACUCCCCCUCGGACGGCAACGAAACCAAGGAGAUCGGUCGGACGGAGAUCAUCACCAACAGCCUCGACCCUAAGUUCGUCACCAUCGUGCCGGUGACUUUCAAGUUCGAAGAGGUCCAGACUCUCCGCUUCGAGGUGUACGACGUGGACACGGCUUACUCGUCAUCGGACGCCACGCUCAUCGACCCAUCAAAGCAGGACUUCCAAGGGGCGGCGGAGUGUGCGCUCGCGCAGGUGGUCGGGGGGCGAGAUCAGACAUGGGAGGGUCUCUUGUCUGGCGCGAAGAGGGGGAAGGGCGGCUCGCCGAAGGUUGUGGUUCGCGCGGAAGAGGUGGCCAACUCAAACGCUCUCGCCGAGAUAACUCUGGCCGGCUCUAACCUCGGAAACGGGUCGUUUUUGCGCAUCAGCAGAUUGGGCGAGCAAGGCCCGCCGAUCCCGUGCUUCAAGACCGAAGUAGCUAAGGGGUCCCCUCCAAGACCAUGGGCACCAAUCAAGAUUUCUCUCCAGGUCCUGGCAAACGGUGACCCCUAUCGCCCGCUCCUCAUCGAGGCUUUCUCCCGGAAAAAGUCCGGGAACCACGCUCUGCUUGGGUCCUGCAAGGCUAGCGUUAACGACCUCAAGUCAAAGGCGGACUCUGGGGUGCAGAACUUGAUGCUGGACAAGGGAGAGGGUGCGAUAACCGUGAGGUCGUGCAUACUCACGCCGCAGCCGAGUUUCUUCGACUACAUCGCGGGGGGCAUGCAGAUCGCUUUCACUGUGGCCGUCGACUACACGGCGAGCAACGGGGACCCGUCGCAGCCGGGCACGCUGCACUACCACGACCCUACCGGCCGCACCAACAACGAGUACGGACAAGCGAUCCAGUCCGUCGGAGGCGUUUUGGAGUACUUUGACGACGACAGGCGCUUCCCUCUCUUCGGCUUCGGCGGCUGCCCCGUGUACCGAGCGCCGGCGAGCCACUGCUUCGCGGUCAACGGCAACGAGAACGAUCCCGAGGUUGAGGGAAUUGCGGGGGUGCUGGACCUGUACCGCCAGAGCCUGACCCGUGUGCAGCUGAGCGGACCCACUCUCUUCGCUCCGGUCAUCAGCCAGGCGGCUUCCUUGGCGGCUUCCACGAUGACCAAGGACCCGUCCCAGCAAUACUACACGAUCCUGCUGCUCAUCACCGACGGGGCAAUCUGCGACAUGGAGAACACGGUGGAGGCGAUUGUGGCAGCAGCCGACUACCCGUUCAGCAUGGUCAUCGUUGGCGUUGGCACGGCCGACUACGCCUCCAUGGAGCAGCUAGACGGCGACGAAGUACGCCUCGUCAACCGCGCAGGGCAACGGGCAGGAAGAGAUAUCGUGCAGUUCGUGCCGAUGAGAGACUUCGCCGGCAAGAGCUCCCACGCUCUCGCGAAAGAGGUCUUGGCAGAAAUCCCCGCCCAAGUAAUCGAGUACAUGCAGAAUAACCACAUCCCUCCGGGAAACCCGCACCGGCCAAGCUUGGCCGGUCGCCAGGGUUCUAUCGGCUCCAUGGCUCUCAAGGAAUCGUUCAUGCACAACGGCGCGGCGCCAGUGCCGGGACUCCCGCAGGGGGGCUCGUUCGUGAACCACCAGGCACCGUCGGCGGCUCCGUCUUUCCGGGGGCAGCCCCAGCAAUACAAUCAAUCGCAACAGGGGUCUUUCAUGCAUCCACAGGCGGGGGCACCAACAGCUCCCUACGCACCGCCGCAGCAAACUGGCGGAGACGCGCCCCCGGUGUAUUCGUUCAACUAAGCAGGCACAUGGCCAUGUAUACGCACGUAACAGCAGCAACAUGACCACGCGGGGCACACGGGCGUGAUUGCCGCCCUGUUUCUGUCAUCUCUACGUGAUCCAUGAGCUUUCUUUUUUAUACGCACAUGAGUAGUGGCACCAGCAGCAGAUACCGAAGUAGCGGCAGCAGCCUCUCCCCGUGGCAAAGGAGGUAUCGCCGGGCCAUUCGGCCAACGUCGGGUAGGAAUGUAUUCCAUCGGGACUGGCUCCUGUAGCACGCGGUUUGGUGCCUGCACCAACAUGACAUUUUCUUGCGCCUCAACCCAUAUAUAUAUAUGGCACAUACACGGUAGAUAGACAAGAGGCUGCUGAGAAGGGGUUUCGCCCCCUCGGAGCCCUGUUGGUUGCUAGAGCGGAAAAGGGGUAGUUCUCAAAGGUGACAUAGGCAAGUACAUUCUUUGCUUGAGGUCCCGCUUCUGUCGGUUGCGUUUGCUGGGAAAUGAGGUGCCAGAAAGGUCGCGGGCAACGUCACACCCUAAGCUCGGUCGUUUGCUGCGGUAGGGGGGUGCACGUUUGGGGUGCAAGCUUGACCCUUUUGGGAGAAAACGCGCAGUCCUGUUGAAGAUCUUUUGUCGAUCCCCACGUCGCCUGCCAGGCACGCUCUUUUUCCGCCAUGGGGAGCAUCAAGGGGAGCAACAGGUUUAUUGGAGUGUGAUGGCCCUACCGUAGCAUCACUCCUUUGCAAAUUUUCGUCGUCGCUUGUAACGGGAGACCGGGUGAAGCGAUUUCUGAUGGCUCGGCCCAGUCUUUUCCGUUGAACGUGUUUUGUCAGAAAUCAAUUUCCGAUUUUCAUGACUCUGUCGCUCCUCCUUGUUACUAAUACGUUUGUUGCGUUUGUACACGUUGUAGAUACGUAGGCUACAAGUAGGGUGUGUGCUAUUUUUUUGUGGCGAGCACGGUUCGGUUGGUGCUUCGUUGACAUUUCUUUGCAAGGUACACCGAAACGUCAACUAGCGGUAUUGGCCAUCAAUCCGUUUCUGCCUCUGCCCGAAUGACCUGACAACUGCCUUCUCCCUUGGUACUAUAUCUCUAGCUGCUUAGCCGCAGUGUCCCGCACUCCAGUAGUGGUGUGGUUCGGUAUCACUGCAUUUGGGGAGAAUUUUUGCUGACAUAUCUGUUGGUCCCCCGCUUGUAGGGGGGUCUACCGGCAUCGUUUUGCACCGGGUCCCGGCCCGCUCUCUCGCUGUGUGAUAAAUGAUUGCAUUCUGGGUGCUGCGGGCAUGGUUUUUGGGUAUCGGCACAUCGCAAAGCCAGCCACUGAAAUUUCGCUUAGGCGUACCGCCCCGCUCAUAAGAUCCAGCCUCCCCGUGGGGUGAGGUUCAGCCUCAGGCGGUAUAUGCCUCAGAUAAAGAGUGGCGUUCGGUGAUC